UGUUUGAAAAUAUCUGUGCUUCCUGUGUUGCAAAAGUAGAGAAAAGCAGAAGCGAUACAUCAUGGGAGUGAAGACUGUUUUGCUUCUGAUUGUGGGGGUUCUUGGAGCAUAUUAUGUUUAUACUCCUCUCCCAGAUAAUAUUGAGGAGCCUUGGAGGCUGCUGUGUAUGAAUGCACAAAUGAAAACACUAACAAAUUUGGCUCUGUUUGCUGAAUACUUGGGAAUCAACAAUUUCAUGAACAUUAUAAAGUUCUUAACGAGCUUUCAAGAUGUCCCACCCACAUCCGAUGAAAAUGUCACUGUGACGGAGACAACUUUCAACAACAUUCCUGUCCGUGUGUACAUCCCAAAACGAAAGGCGAAGACACUCAGAAGGGGCUUAUUUUUUAUUCACGGUGGUGGUUGGUGUAUAGGGAGUGCUGCUUGGUUUAAUUAUGACUUUCUGUCAAGACGGACAGCUGAUCAACUCGAUACUGUCGUCGUCUCAACCAACUACAGACUAGCACCUGAAUAUCAUUUUCCAAUUCAGUUUGAAGAUGUAUACGAUGCACUAAAGUGGUUCUUACGCCAAGAUGUUCUUGAAAAAUAUGGAGUAGAUCCUGAGAGAGUUGGUGUUUCUGGAGACAGUGCUGGUGGGAAUUUAGCUGCAGCAGUGGCUCAGAAGCUCAUUAAAGACCCAGAUGUCAUGAUCAAACUCAAGACCCAGUCUUUAAUAUAUCCUGCUCUUCAGACUCUCGAUAUGGAUUUACCAUCAUAUCGGGAAAAUGCACAGUUUCCAAUUUUGCCCAAAUCACUCAUGGUCAGGUUCUGGAGUGAAUACUUUACCACAGAUGGAUCAUUCGAAAAAGCCAUGCUUCUCAAUCAGCACGUCCCAGUGGAAUCGAGCCAUCUGUUCAAAUUUGCUAAUUGGAGUUCCUUGCUCCCUGAUAAAUUUAAGAAAGGACAUGUCUAUAACACUCCAACCUAUGGUAGUUCUGAACUGGCUAAAAAAUAUCCCGGGUUCCUGGAUGUGAGGGCAGCACCCCUGCUGGCUGAUGACUCUCAGUUGCGUGGCUUACCCCUCACCUAUAUUGUGACCUGUCAGUAUGAUGUGCUGAGAGAUGAUGGGGUCAUGUAUGUCACCCGGCUCCGUAAUGCUGGUGUGCAAGUGACACAUAACCACAUAGAGGAUGGAUUCCAUGGGGCUCUUUCCUAUAAUGGAUUUAAAAUUGGAUAUAGACUAGAAAAGCAGUAUUUUAGUUGGCUAAGGGAAAAUCUAUAGUAAAAACUUAAGCAAUGAUUUCUUUAAAAGUAUACAAGCCUCAGAACAGGAAAUUAAAUGGGUGAAAAUCAAAGAACUAAUAUUUGAAUUGAUGUUUAUCAUCUGUGACUUUCCGAAGACCCUCAUAGCUACAGUAGUUGGUUUAUUUUGUUCUGUUUGUCUUUACCAUUGGCAACUACUUUCCUAUUUUAUUCAUUGUUUUAUGUGCUUUUCAGUCAUUUCUAUGAAAAUAGUUACUUUCAUGUUUUUGGAACUGUUCUUUAUAUCUAUAUCUCUGAUUUACAUUCCUCUUCUUUCACUUGCCUGGCAAUGUUACAUUUGAGAAGACAACAGUUUUUGACAUUCUGGCGUGGUAUGAGAAAUGCCAGAGUUUUGAUCAGCAUAAAUGUAGAAACUCAAAAUGCUGCCCGCUAGUAACUGAUAAGAUGUUUUUACCCUUUUUAAUAGUCUUGGCCCCUGGGCCAGCCCUGAGCUUAGCGGGUAAAGGCAACACAUGCAGUGCCAGCAUCCCAUAUGGGUGCCAGUUCAAGUCCCAGCUGCUCCACUUCCCAUCCAGCCCUCUGCUAUGGCCUGGGAAAGCAGUGGAAUAUGGCCCAAGUCCUUGGGCCCCUGCACUCACAUGGGAGACCUGGAAGAAGCUCCUGGCUCCUGGCUUCAUAUCAGUGCAGUUCUGGCCAUUGCAGCCAUCUGGGGAGUGAACCAGCAGAUGGAAGACCUCUCUCUGCCUCUGCCUCUCUGUAACUCUGCCUUUCAAAUAAAAUAAAUAAAUCUAAAAAUAAAAAGUCUUGGCCCCACUACAGUGCCAUUAACUAUCAUUGUCAAACCAUUUCUUAACGUAAAACUCUUCCAGUACUACAGUACCACAAUUAGUGCCAAUGAGAUCUUGGGCACUUAAGAAAAAGUCAGCUGCAAUCUUGUGACAAAUUUGGGAAGCUGAGAUUGGCAAGGAGUCAACGCAAGUCAGUAGCUCCUCGCAUGUCAGUGGCUGAAAGUGGUGAAUGAGGCUAAGACAUGGAAGAAAUACUACAAUCAAGUUGAGGGCCCAGCACUGUGGUACAGAAGCAUUAAGCUGCCACCUGUGAGGCCGGCAUCCCUUAUCUGAGCACUGGUUCCAGACCUGACUACUCUGCUUCUUAUCCAGCUCACUGCUUGCUAAUGCACCUGGGAAAGCAGUGGAAGAUGACCCAAGGACUUGGACCCCAGCCACCUACAUGGAAAAUCAGGAUAGAGUUCCUGGUUCCUGGCUUUGGGUCAGCUGUUGCAGCCAUUUGGGUAGCGAGCGAGCCAGUGUGUGGAAAACUGUCUCUCCCUUUCUGUCUGUCAUUCUGCCUUUCCCAUACAUAAACUAAACUUUUUUUAAUUGAAAAAUUUGAUACUCUAAAAGCUCCUAUGUCCAUUUUUGCAUAUUGUGAAACAAAAUAAAAUAAAAUUCACAUGAUCUUUACCUUGGAGUAUAAAUUAUGUUGGUCAUAUGUUUGAAAUAUUUGAUCACUUUAGAGAUUCACUGAGGAAGGCAGUCCAGGCCAAUGUGGGUACUUUGCAUGGCAUUGCCCAACUCUAAUUAGGUGGGAAUAAUAUUGGGCAGGAUAUGGAAGUAAUAAUAAACUUUAAUUUUUGUGAAAACUUACAUAAUAUCCAAAGUAAUAUAUAUCUAUCGUAUUUUAAAUCAUUUUACUUUUAUACUUUUCUUGAUGAUUCCUUAAUGUUGUGAAUUUCUGUUUAUUAAUUCACAAUUAGUGUGUUUACAAUAAAUUUGUUCAAAUGGUGCUGUAUUUGUGUUAUCCCAUUAACUUCAUAUUGCAUACAAACUCUAUGCUGACAACCUGCUAAUAGAACCAGCACAUGGUAGCAAUUGUGUUAUAUUUUCUUCUGAAUCCUCUGACAUCUGCUUCCAAUAUCUUAAUGAGUACUGUCUUCAGAAGCAAUGCGUUCUUGGGGCUGGUGCCGUGGCUCACUUGGUUAAUCCUCCUCCUGUGGUGCCGCCAUCCCAUAUGGGUGCCAGGUUCUAGUCCCAGUUGCUCCUUUUCCAGUCCAGCUCUCUGCUGUGGCCCAGGAGGGCAGCGGAGGAUGGCCCAAGUGCUUGUGCGCCUGCACCCGCAUGGGAGACCAGGAGGAAGCACCUUGGCUCCUGGCUUCGGAUCAGCACAGUGUGCCAGCUGUAGCGCCAUUUGGGGGGUGAACCAACAGAAGGAAGACCUGUCUCUCUCUCUCACUGUCUAAUUCUGCCUGUCAAAUAAAAAAAAAAAAAGAA